AUGGGCAUCACCCAUGACGUGCUUCAAAGAAGCGAAAGUAGGGUAGACCCUACAGGCGAAGUGGGGGGCAGGGAGCCAAAGCAAGCCGUCGUCAGCUCGCCGCCGGUGAAACGGCGUAGUUAUAGUGAAGCUGCACAACGCGCCCCGAGUGAGGCGACGCUGCAGUCACAGGGGCGCCAGCGGGCACAAAGGGAGGGGCAGCAGGCACAGGCUGCAGUCGAACGGUUUGCAGGUAGAAGGGUCCUGGUGAUAGGGGACUCCAAUGUGGGGAGGGCCGAACAGGGCGUGAUGGCGAGAGUGAAGGCGGACGGGCGAGUACAGGUUGAGGUGCAAGCGGGCAAGGGUAUGGCGGAAGCAAUGACCAAGGCGCGGGAAGUAGUUGGGGUCAGCACGGAGAGCGACAGCUUGGUCAUUAUGCAUUCUGGGCUCAAUGACGUGCUUAAGGGGAGAAGCCAGGACCUUGAGAGGCACAUUGAGACUGGGCUGAGUAUGCUUAGAGAGGCCUCCGGGAGGGUGCAUGUGACCAUAUGCACUAUCCCAGAGGUCCAGGGCCAGGCUUACCAGGUAGAAAGGAGGGUGGUUGAGGCCAAUCGGGUCAUUAGGAGCCUGAGCGGACGACUCGGGUACAGCGUGAUGGAGGUAAACAGGGACGUGUACGGAACCGGCUUCCGGCCUUUUGUGCAGGAUGGUAUUCACUACAGUGGUGCCACUGGCAAACGGAUAGGGGGCAGGAUGGGUCGCCAGGCAACAGCUUUUUUAGGGGGACCCACAGCCCUGAAGGAAGCAGUGUAG